AUGUCUGAUCGUUAUUUUGAAAAUCAUUAUACUGAUUAUAAUGGCGAAACUUAUCUUACUUCAAAUAAUCAAUUAAUUCCAGAAAUCUAUUCAAAUGUAACUCAUUGGAUUGAACAUUAUAUACGUAAACUUGAACGACAUAUUGAUACAAUAGAUCGAUCUGAUGGAUCUGUCUAUACUGGCAGUGCUGGUAUUGCAUUGCUUUAUUUACAUCUCGCAAUACUCUUUCCAUCGGAGAAAGAUAAUUAUAAAUCUAAAGCAAAGAUGUUGAUUGAUUCAGCUUUACAACAAGUUAAUGGUAAACGAAUUUCAUUUUUGACUGGUGAUCCUGGACCAUUGGCCAUUGCAGCAGUGAUUUAUAAUGAUUUAAACGAUGAAAGAAUGGUGAAUAAAUGUAUAGACAAAAUUAUAUCGAUGAAAGAUGAUGCAGCCAGUGAUUCAAAGCCAGAUGAAUUUCUUUAUGGACGUACGGGUUAUCUGUAUUCAUUAAUAUUUGUUCGGAGAAAAAUUCGUAGUGAUAUAAUUGAUAAUCGAAUUGUUACAGAAGUAUUUGAAUCAAUCAUUAAAUCAGGUGAAAAAUAUGCUAAUGAAACACGUUCGCGAUCUCCAUUAAUGUAUCAAUGGCAUGAUAAAGAAUACAUGGGAGCAGCACAUGGUGUUUCCGGAAUUAUAUAUCUAUUGCUCAAUGUAGCCCAAGAUGAUUUGUGCUCGAAUCUUCGUCCAUAUGUUCAGUCGCAUUUACUACCGACUAUUGAAUUUCUUACAACGAAACGACUGCCAAGUGGAAAUUAUCUAUCAUCUAGUGAUAGUACAACGGAUAGACUUGUUCAAUGGUGUCAUGGAGCAACUGGAUUCGUUUUUUUAUUUGUUCGAACCUAUGAAACAACAGGCAAUAGAUCCUAUUUAGAUCUUGCUACAACGGCUGGUGAUGUUGUUUGGCAGCGAGGACUACUAAGAAAAGGCUAUGGACUUUGUCAUGGGAUUGCUGGCAACGCUUAUGUUUUUCUUGAUUUAUAUCGUGCAACAAAUAAUACGAAAUGGCUUCAUCGAGCAAUUAAAUUCUCUGAACAUUGUUUGGACUAUGGCAAACAUGAUAUUUCAAGAACACCUGAUCAUCCAUAUUCAUUGUUCGAAGGUCUGUCCGGCACAAUUUAUUUUAUGGCUGAUAUUAUGAAUCCAAAGCAUGCACGUUUUCCAACAUUGAUAUGA